UCCUAUAUUAAUCACCUCUCUUCAUCCCCAUUUCACAUCUCUCUCUCUCUCCAUAAGAACCCUAUAGAGGUUGAUCUUGUCCUCUUUACACUUCCUCCACUUUCAAAGUUAGAGCCUUUGAGGCAAAUUCAGCACUUAGAAGGUUUCUUUUGUCAUCUCUACCCAUAAAGAUCAAAACGUUUCAUAUUCUCAUCUACCAAAACCUUACUGUUUGAAGUUCUUGAGGAAAACUAAUACUCAAGGCCUAAUAUAUAUAAUAUCAUGAUGAUGGGAAAAGAUGAUUUGGGUUUAAGUCUGAGCUUGGGGUUUGCACAAAAUCAGCAUCCUCUCCAGCUGAAUCUCAAACCUACUUCUUCACCAAUGUCUAAUCACCAGAUGUUUCCAUGGAACCAGACAUUUGUAUCCUCCUCAAAUCAUCAAAACCAUCAAUCUCUAAGGAAAAUUGACGUGAACAGCUUUCCGUCGACGGUGGAGUUGGAGGAAGAGACCGGAGUUUCUUCCCCAAACAGCACGAUUUCGAGCACCGUGAGCGGCAAGAGGAGGAGCGAGAGACAAGGUAGCGGAGAUGACCUAGACAUCGCUCUGGACCGAUCUUCCUCACGUGGAACCUCCGACGAAGAAGAAGAAUACGGAGGAGAGGCUUGUAGAAAGAAGCUCAGGCUAUCCAAAGAUCAAUCUGCUGUUCUCGAAGACACUUUCAAGGAGCACAACACUCUCAAUCCCAAACAGAAGCUGGCUUUGGCUAAGAAGCUAGGUUUAACCGCAAGACAAGUGGAAGUGUGGUUCCAAAACAGAAGAGCAAGGACAAAGUUGAAGCAAACCGAAGUAGAUUGCGAGUAUUUGAAGAGAUGCGUAGAGAAAUUGACCGAAGAGAACAGACGGCUCGAGAAAGAGGCAGCGGAACUAAGGGCACUAAAGCUUUCACCGGGGUUGUAUGGUAAGAUGAGUCCACCGACCACGCUUCUCAUGUGUCCAUCAUGCGAACGCGUGGGCGGACCAUCGAACCACAGCCAAAGGUCGGUGUCUUUGAACCCGUGGCUCCAAAUGGCCCAUGGGUCAACUUUUGAUGUCAAGCAUCCUAGGUCUUAACUUUAUUCCGGUUCUGUGGGUUAUGCUUAAUUAAUUACGUGGGUCAUUGUACUUUUUAGAUUAUUGACUCUCGUUAUAUCCUUAAAAGCUUUUUCAUUUUCAAAACUACUUAAAUCUGAUUAAAUUAGUUGUU